GCUACGGGGAGAAUAAUGAGGUAAUUGGUUUUUCCCCGUCCUUUUUAUAUCCCUCCUUGCAUAUCCAUUCAUUAUUCAAGAGUUCAGAUUGUCUUUUUUUUGAGCAAUAGAUUUCCGGUUCGGUAUUUUAUUUUGCAUUGAGUUUGGCACAUACAGCCAAUCACUAACCCACAUGUUGAGGAAAGAAUAGGUGGGAGGUAUACAUACAUACACGCUGCACAGUUUGAUUUUGUACUGCAUUUUCGUGAGAGAGAGAGAGAGAGAGAGAGUCUGGGAUAGGUUUUAAUCGUCUCAAGAAACCAAAUUGAAUUCAGAGAUAUUAAAUUAAAUAAACGCAACAAUGGCGGCAGCGCAGAGCUUUGGAGAGGCCAUUGCCAUCUCCCCAGUAUCAUCACAUACCUACGCCGCAUAUCUACGACCGGAAUGGUGUAUCGGAACAGUGCCCCAUGGCGGUUACAUAGCCUCUCUCUUCCAUAAUGUGGCCGUCAUCCAUCUCAAACACACCCACCCAACCCUCCACUCCGGCACGCCGCACCCAAUAGCCCUCCACCUCACCUUCCUGCGCCGCACCGAUGCUGGCCCAGCCGCCUUCGUCGUCCAAGAUACAAAACUCGGCUCGCGCACGUCCACCCUCCACGUAACCCUCAGCCAACAUGACCCGGACGGUGCUGUCCGCCACGAGGUCGCCGGCUACAUUACCGUGUCUAACUUCGACACGGAGGAGGGCCCCACCAUGCAGACCGGGUACGAGCUGUAUCCCAAGCCGGCACCGGGUUCCCGACCAGACCAGGCAGUCGAUCUUGUGAAAUUAGCCCGUGACGGCCGCGACGGCAACUGGGAGCGGUUCCAUAUUGCCUUCUCGUCCAUGCGCAAGGCGUCGAAUCAUGUGGAAUUCUACACGCCCCGGUACACGAAGGAGGCGGGCGGGCGGACAAAGGGCCCGUCGGGCUUUGUGGAGCAGUGGGUGCGGUUUAAGCCGUAUGGAAAAGUAGGGCGCUGGACCGAUAGCACGCUGGGGUAUCUGGUUGAUAUGUUCCCGAUGAUGUUGGAGAGGUUUGAUUCGAAGCCGUGGCAGGGCGAUAGUGCGGCUGACAAACUUGAGAUGGCGCGGUACUGGUAUCCGACUGUCUUGUUGAAUAUGGAGUUUAAGAAGAAGUUGCCGGCGGAAGGGGUGGAGUGGCUGUAUUCCCGUGUGCAGACUAAGGUGUUAAAGGAUGGGAGGAUGGAUUUGGAUCUCGUUGUUUUGGAUGAGAAGGGUGAGGUUGUGGUGGUGAGUAACCAUGUGUCUUUGAUUGUGAGUGCGCAGAGGAAUAUUGAGCCUAGGAAGGGUAAAGGCAAGGGGAACGGGAACGGGAACGGGAACGGGAAUGGGAAUGGGAAUGGAGGGAGUAAGCUAUAGCCUUUCUCCCUGUUCACUCCUAGUUAGAAAGGCAUUGCGCUAGAGUGUAUAUAGUUAUAGAUAUAUAUAGACGCAUAAGUGUAUAUAACCAAUUUUAGAUUUCCAGAUUUCCAAGAGUCCAUUUCUCCAUAACUGGUGGGGUGGGGUAGAAAGCCCCUUU